AUGAAAGCUUUGAAGAAGGAUAGUCUCUAUGCCAAUGAGCUCUCGGCAAAUUCCCAGCAGAUACAGGAGAACUACAGAUACAUAAAUUUCAUCGAGACGUUGCCAUACAAGAAGAUUGGACUGGUCGUCGAAAAGAGAUCUGCGGCACUGGGUUCGCCCGCCUCCCGAGAAACAGUAGUCGCUUUGAAUGCAUCUCAUAGCCAAAUCUGCAGAUUUGCCAGCGAAGACGAUGAGGAAUAUCAACGUGUUUCGCAGCUGAUCGCUGAUCUGGCGAGUUCAGCAAUAGAAGACGUUAUGGAGCGGUCCCUGCCUGAUAGUCCUAACUAUUCAGAGUCCACUAUGUUAGAGGAUCAUCUUGAGGCAGGCUUCUACCUCAGCAAAUCCCAAAUAGCAAUAGAGUUUGCCUACCGGAUUCAUUCUGAACGGCCACAGACGUCCAUAUUUUGGAUCCAUGCAAGCAGUCCCAACCGUUUCCGCGAAGGAUAUUAUAAUAUCAUCGAUGAAUGCAAUGUUCGUACACCAGAUAGUGGAAAAUGCGACAAAAGGGCCUUUGUGAAGGAUUGGCUGGAGAACGAAUGCAGAGAAUGGCUGAUGAUCAUUGACAAUGCGAAUGAAGCCUCGCUCUUCACAUCUGGGAAGACACCACAGAGCAAAUCGGGCGCAGCAGAAUCUUCGAUCUUGGAUUACCUCCCUCAAUGCGACCAUGGAACCAUUCUAAUAACAACGAGGGAUCGAGCGGUGGCAGUCAAAUUCACAAAAUGA